UCGAGAGCCUGCAUGUACCACUGGUUCGUUAGUGUUUUAAUAUAUUAUCCCUUUAACCAACCAUCGAAAAUCGCACCAAACUUUUUGACUAUCCCCACCUGCCCGCCACUUUCCCCUCAUCUUCCUUGGUGGUUCUUGGAAGAUCACAAGAAGACUACCGAUCGACCAACUCUACAAUUAAUAACGUUUCGCUUCGCAUUGGUCUUUUCUAAUUAGCUUUGCUUAAUUUCUUUCUUGGAAGAAUAGUUUGUUGCUCUGCUUUCAUGGCGCUAACAACCUUUUCUUCAUCAUUCACAUCCAGCCCAAGUCCUACAUGGGGUUACGAAGUAUUUGUAAGUUACAAUGGCGAUGAUACUGGCAAAAGCUUUACAGACCACCUCUUUUCUGCUCUGAAACGGCACGAGAUUCGCGCCUUUAGAGAUGACAAAGAGCUCCCGAGAGGAAAAGAUAUUUGGACCGAGCUAGAGAAGGCAAUCGAGACAUCAAGGAUUGCUAUUAUAGUGUUCUCCAUAAACUACGCUGCUUCGAGCUGGUGUCUGGAUGAGCUGGCUAAGAUCUUGGAAUGCAAACGGAGCUUGCAGCAAAUUGUGCUGCCCAUUUUCUACAAUGUGCAGCCGUCCAAGUUGCGUGCACUGAAGGGGAAUUUGGCCCAAGUAUUUGCCAGUCAUGUGGAUCGUUUCGGGGAAGAUAAGGUGCAGAGGUGGAGGGCUGCUUUGACUGAGGCUGCAAACUUGGCCGGGUGGGACUCGGGAAAUGACGCACAUCGUUCCGAGUCAAAGCUUAUAGAGAAAAUUAUUGGAGAUAUUUUGAUUAAAUUAAAUCUGGCAUACUUCACUGUUACACCCUACCCAGUUGGAGUUGAGUCUCGGGUGCAAGAAAUCAAUAAGCAUUUAGAUGAGUAUGCAGGUGAUGUUUGCAUGGUUGGCAUUGGGGGGAUGGGUGGCAUUGGCAAAACAACAAUUGCCCAAGCUCUAUAUAACCUAAUAAAAUGUAAAUUCGAAGUAAGUUGCUUUCUUGAAAAUAUACGAACAAGAUCUGAACAAUCAGGUGGUCUGAUUGAUUUACAAGAGCAAAUUAUUUCCAGUGCCCAAGUAAAUUCCAAGAAAAAAGUUAGGGAUGUUUAUGAAGGAAUUGGUGUUAUAAGAGACAUAAUUCAGAGUAAAAAGUUUCUUCUUGUUCUCGAUGAUGUGUGGGGCACUGAUGAGUUAAGAAAGCUAGGUAUUGAUAAGGAUUAUUUUCAACCAGGAAGUAUAAUUAUUAUUACAUCAAGAGCUAAGGACCUGCUACGUGGUGCUGGGUGUGAUUUCAUCUAUGAAUCACCGUUCCUGGAUUACAAUGAGUCUUUUCAGCUCUUUAGUUGGCAUGCAUUUGGAAAAGACCAUCCUAAUGAAAAUUAUGUAGAGCUCACAAACGAAGUAGUAUAUUAUGCUAAGGGAAUUCCAUUGCUAUUGAAAGUUUUGGGUUCUAGUCUGUUUGGCAAGAGCACGUUGGAAUGGAAAAGUUCAGUGAAAGAAUUAAAAGAUUCUCGUUUUGACUAUCUUGAUAUAUUGAUGGCAAGUUUACGUUCACUAAGCGAUAAGCAGAAGGCGUUGUUUCUAAAAAUUGCACUUUUCUUUGUUGGAAUGGAAAAAAAUUAUACUUCGAAAAUACUUGGAGACUCAGAUUUCUCCUUUGAAAGUGAACUUGCAGUUUUGGGUCGUCGAUGUCUUGUAACCAUCGAUUGCUUGAACAGACUGACAAUGCAUGAUUUGAUUAUACAAAUGGGUAAAGAAAUUAACCGCAGACAAUCUUCGGAAGGAGCUGGAGAAUAUAGCCAACUAUGGUUUCAUGAGGAUCGACCUUCCAAAGGUAACGGGCGACAUGGUUGGCCCAACUUCCAAGAAAAUUUGCUAGAGACUAGGUUCUUUGAGGGCGAAGCUCCCUUUGAGCACAACCUGUACUUGUCAGACCCUCCAAUAAUGGCCAUUGUGAGACAGACUGAGCAACUGAGAAGUCUAGAGGCUGAGCGAAUGUUGUGGGAGGCUGAGCGCCAGAUUUUGCGCCUACAGUUGGAGAACGAACGAAGGGCACAUCUAGCCACUUGUGAGGAUGCUGCCAGGGCUUCUUGGCAACUAAGAGUUCAGAAUGCUGCUUUGAAGAGCGAGAAUAUUCACCUUCGUAUGUUUUUAGCAGAUGCUAGGAAAUUUGCCCCACAACUCAAUAUGGUUCUUCCCUGUUCAGAAUUGGCAUCUGAGAGUGCUUCUUCUUCAUUAGCCUCUAACAGGGGCGGCUUGAUGCAUUUGGGGGCCUAAGGCGAAAAUUGAUCAUCUUAUUUAGAUGCAAAAUUACUACUAAUU